AUUUUCUCGCUUCAUCCACCGAAUGAGAUUCCUCACAAUCUUAGUCACCCAAGCUGUUCCGAAACAAAACUAUGGCAUUGGUGCGAUUGGUGCACAUGGUGCCUUAUAAUUAAUUUCUGUGCUGGAAAAGUAUUCUUACUUGGUUUUCACACUUUCGUGUUACAACAUUAUGCUUCUUUCCUGAAGGAUUAAAAGUGAUUCCGUGAAACCUCCUGUGUUUAUAGUGAUUAUACUUUUCCAUUUGAAUCUGUGACAGUGGAAGACCAAAACAGAGCGCCUGGAUUGAUUUUCGUCUAAAUAUAAAUCGUAAUAUCAAUCAUAUCUGUGGAUAAUCUUUAAGAUUACUGCUUCAAAUAGAAUUUCAGCAAGGAUAUGCCGAUUUCCGGACCAAUUACGAAACAAGGCUCCAUUAAGAGGCAGGGUUCUGCCAAACGUCGUGGAUCAUGUAUUGGGGGUUCUCAACAACAAACCCCCAAGGAGGUACCUUGGGAUCUCUUUGAUCGUCUUCUGAUACCCUUAAUCAGUUGCCACGGGGCUGCAAUUAUUCUCUCCACAAUCCUAAAUGUUCUCCAUAUUUCACAAGUCUCAACAUUCGCACUGUUCAUUUGGUUCUCCCUCUCCACAACUGGAGCCGUUAUGUUUUACCACUUGCUAAAGGUAUCAGCUUCUGGAAAAGGAGUUCUAGUGACUGGAUGCGAGUCACCAUUGGUGUGGCAUUUGGCACGCCACCUGGACGACAUGGGAUUCACUGUUUUUGCAGGAUUCACGCACCUGUCCGAAUCUGAGGAGGCAACCAUCCUCAAAGAUGAAAGCUCUGGGAGAAUGAAGGUCCUCCAGCUUGAUAUUACGUCUGAGACUCAGAUGUUGGAAGCUUCGCUAUUCAUAAGUGAAAACCUUCCAGAUGGCGCACGUGGGCUGUGGGCGGUACUUCACUGUGCAGCUUGGGUGGCUCUUGGAGAAUUCGAAUGGAUCCCUUUCAACGUACUCCGGAAAUCCAUAGAUGUCAAUUUAUUAGGUACAGCCCGUUUAACACAAAUUAUGUUACCACUUGUGAGACGGGCAAAUGGCCGGCUGGUAUUUCUCUCUUCUGCCCUGGCCAAAAUACCAUCUCCCGUCCGAGGUAUUCAGAGUGCCACCCAGGCCGGAAUAGAAGGCCUAGCCACGUGUUUGAGGGAAGAAUUGCGCCCCAGGGGAGUUGAUGUCUCGGUUGUAGCUGCUGGGGAAUAUGUAGCAGGUACAUCGUGGCUCAACGACAAACUACUAAUGGAACAGGCAUCUCAGAUGUGGGCCCGGUUAAGUGAUGAACAGAGGCGAGUUUAUGGGAAGGAGUACUUUGAACAUGCCAUCAGAUCCCUCGAGAAAUAUACUAAAGUGACUGUAGACUUCACACCAGCCAUACGAUCUCUGGUUGACGCUACUAUAAGGACGUUUCCACUUGCUCGCUACACACCAGUCACUCGUUCUGAAAAACUCCAAACAAUCAUUGCACAACACCUACCAAAGUCUAUUUACGACACUAUCUAUCACAAAUAGUGUGUAUAUAUGCGGUUCCGUUCUCCACUAGUCUGUCUCAGAAAUAUAACAAUUCAGAAGAACCAUUUGGAGUCUAUCAAAAUUUGUGAGCAGCAUAUGAAAAUUAUAACUAAAAAUAAAACAUUUAGAGUCCACCAAAUAUGUACCAGUUGAUGAAAACUUUUCUAAUUCGAUUUGCUUAUAGAAUGAUCUGAAAUGAAGCAGUCUUUAUAUACAACGAGAUUUCAUUAAAAAAAAUAAAAACAAGUUGUUGAACUGUAAA